AUGUCAUCAAAAAUUGUUAUAUUUGUUUUGAUUGCUUCUAUGGCAAAUGCUGCUCAAUAUAGGCAGAGACUGCCAGAAAAACCUCCGCAAUUCAAAAAUAUACCAGGCUGUUACAUACCUGAGAGAAAUGAGGUGAUUCCUUUCGGAGCAAUCGUAAGCAAUAAUGGAUGCAUCCUCAUACAAUGUACAGUGGACUCCUUUGAGUAUACUACAUGCCCAAUAGCACAAACCCGUGAUCCGAAAUGCCGCGUGUAUCAUCCUUUUGGCACCACGACCUACCCAGACUGCUGCCCUCAACUCAUGUGUGAUGUAUCGUAAAUACUUUGAUGUUUCAAUACAUACAUA